UCGUUUCGCACAAUGGGUAGACGUGAUGGGGACAGCAGAGGGGCGAUGAUCACCGGCGCCCGCUCCGAGCUCGUCUUCCGGCAGGACUCUCCUCAGAGGCUGGGCGGGCGCAGUGAAUGCGGGCCGGACGCCGACAUGGAUGCUGCGGGUCGGCCUGCGAUGGAAGUGAAGAAGCACCAGCACAAACAUAACUUGAAACACCGCUAUGAGCUGAUGGAGACGCUGGGGAAGGGAACCUACGGCAAAGUGAAGAAGGCCGUAGACAGAGCAAGCCAGAAAACGGUGGCCAUCAAGACAAUCCGAAAGGAUCGCAUCACUGAAGACAUUGACAGAAUUCACAUCCAGAGGGAGAUUGAGAUAACGUCUUCACUCAUGCACUCCCACAUCAUACGCUUCCUCGAAGUGUUUGAGAGCCAUGAUAAGAUUGUGAUAGUGAUGGAGUACGCCAGCAGGGGAGAGCUGUACGAUUACAUUCUGGAAAAGAGGAAGCUUUCGGAAACAGAAGCCCGAAGCAUCUUCCGGCAAAUAACGUCAGCUGUCCAUUACUGUCACAAGAAUGGUGUUGUGCAUAGAGACCUUAAGCUGGAGAACAUCCUUUUGGAUCAAGAUUUCAAUGUUAAGCUUGCUGACUUUGGCCUUUCCAAUCAGUACCAGAGAGGCACUCUGCUCCAGACGUUCUGUGGAAGUCCACUCUAUGCGGCCCCAGAAAUUGUGACUGGGCUGCCCUACGAGGGACCAGAGGUGGACUGCUGGGCACUAGGUGUGUUGUUGUAUGCGCUUGUAUAUAGCAGCAUGCCAUUUGAUGGGGCCAGUCAUUCCAAGCUUAAAGAGCAGAUUUGCCAAGGUCGCUAUCGAAGACCCAACCUUCCUUCAGACGCCUGCGCGCUUAUCGACUGGUUGCUGACAGUGCGUGUGGAUGAGAGGGCCACGAUCGAGGAUGUAGCCAAUCAUUGGUGGGUGAACUGGGGAUACGAGGAGAGUGUAUGUGACUGCACACCAACAGCACACCCAGACUGUCCCUCCCCCUUGUUGGCUCGCUACAUAGACUGGCAGAAUCGGGUUGUCAGCAGUUUGGCCUCAGAGCCUGGUUGCCUUGCUGUGGAAUCCAACCGCCAACCACUUAACCGUCAUUACUUUAGCUUGCCUCAUAGGGCUGAGAGAGGGGGAAGAGUUCGAGGAGGAAUGUCCACCGUCAGAAAAUCUCCCAAGGAGAAUACCAUUGCACAGACUACACAAGGAGCAUGUGGUGGAUCAGCAUUUGCCUGCGCAGCGCUGUCCCUCACCUCCACCUCUGAGAGAAAGAAACCCAAAAGUAUUCUUAAACACCAGAGGAGUUUUGAGUCUGUUUUGCACAGCUCUUCCAAAGAUAGUCGACCCCCAUGCACCGUUGAUCCCCAACUUUAUCAAACACAUGCACUUGGUGAGGUUCUGUCUGCCAAUCUGCAAUCUCCCUAUACAUUUACACAGCCUUCCUCUAAAAUGCCUAAAAAGGGCAUUCUUAAGAACAUGUAUGAAGGGGAGUCAGUAGUCAUCUCCUCAGUAGGUAGAGAGUCCAGAGAGAGUGAUGCGAGAGAUGCCCGAUUGAAAAAACAGCACACAUUAGUCCCAGCAACAGACGACAGUCCAACCAUGCACCCAGGAGCUGUGAGAAGACGGAAGGGUAUUCUCAAACGUAACGGCAAAUUCUCACGCAGCCUGGACCUUCCAGACGAACAGAGUUUACCACCACCUUCCGAUCAGACAUUCCCAGAUACUUUGCAGCAGUUCCUCCAGGCUAAAAUGGGAAUAGAUGACCACCACAGCCGUCCUUCCAGCGUCAUGAGCGAAGACAGCCUUUUCUCCAGUGACUCCUUUGACUUGCUGGAUCUUAGCACGCAGUCACAACGCAGUUUUUUUCCCCAUGGAGUGCAGCACAGUGCAUGUAGCUCAGAGGAGGACCUGAGAGGUGAAACAUGUCAAAGUGAAGGAUGUGAGGCUAGUUGGUGA